AUGAAGAUCUCCGCCCUAUCUCUCCUCCUGAGUGUAUCGGCCUCGGCCGCUUGGAAACCACGCGAGCCCAGAGCCACGGGGUCGAAGCGCCUUGCUUUCAACGAGACCGUUCUUACUUCGGCCCUGUCGCCUUCUUCGAUCUCGGUGCAGUGGAUUGCGACCGAGAACGACGGGGAGUAUGUCUACCAGGAGUCGGACGGGAGCAUCAAGAUCGAGAGCAUCGUCACGAACCGGUCGCAGACUAUUGUUCCUGCUGAGGAGGUUCCGGCCGGGGCCUACAGCUACUGGAUCAGCCCAGACCUCUCCUCUGUGCUCUGGGCGACGAACUACACCAAGCAGUACCGCCAUUCGUUUUUCGCCGAUUAUUACAUCCAGGAUGUCGAGACUUUGGAGUCGGUCCCACUCGCGGAAGACCAGGUGGGAGAUAUCCAGUACGCGACUUGGAGCCCAAGCGGCAACUCUAUCGCUUUCGUUCGCGAAAACAACUUAUGGACAUGGUCUAAUGGUUCUGUGACUGCGAUCACUGAAGACGGUGGACCGGACUUGUUCAAUGGCGUGCCCGACUGGAUCUACGAAGAGGAGAUCCUUGGAGAUCGGUUUGCGCUGUGGUUCUCGCCUGAUUCCGAGCUUCUGGCAUUCCUGACCUUCAAUGAGACCGGGGUCGAAACAUUCACCGUCCAGUACUUCAUGGACGAGCAGGAGAUUGCCCCUCCGUAUCCUCAUGAACUCGAGAUCAGAUACCCCAAAGUCUCCGAGACGAACCCGACGGUCAAGCUGAACAUCCUUCAACUUAGCGAUAACACCGUCUCGGCCAUACCGAUUGAUGCCUUUGACCCGAGCGAGUUGAUCAUCGGAGAAGUCGCCUGGGUGACCGAGACGCACACUGAGCUGGCUGUUAAGGCUUACAACCGCGUUCAGGAUGAAUCGAAGGUCGUUAUCGUGGACACUGCGUCCGGCAGUACCAACAUCGCGCACGAGCGUGACGGGACGGACGGUUGGUUAGAUAACCUGCUUUCAAUUUCAUAUGUUGGGCCUGUGUCGGGGAACUCGUCAUCCACAUACUAUGUUGAUCUCUCCGACCACUCCGGGUGGGCGCACUUGUACCUCUACUCGACUUCAGGCGGCGAUCCUAUUCCGUUGACCCAGGGAGAGUGGGAGGUCACGUCUAUUUUGAGUAUUGAUCAGGAGCGUGAGCUGAUAUACUACCUUUCGACUCAACACCACAGCACCGAGCGCCACCUGUACUCGGUGUCAUACCGAACAUUUGAGAUCACGCCUCUUGUCGACGAUACUGUUGAAGCGUACUGGAGCGCUUCAUUCUCUGCAAAAGCUGGAUAUUAUAUCCUCACAUACGCCGGUCCAAAUGUGCCGUACCAGGAGCUCUACUCUGUGAACCAAACAGCUCCGCUACGUACCCUCACCGACAACGCCGCGCUGAUCGAGAAGCUGGAGGCAUAUGCACUGCCUAACAUCAGCUAUUUCGAACUGACCAUUCCGACUGGCGAGAAGCUCAACGUGAUGCAGCGGUUGCCCGUAGGCUUCUCACCGGACAAGAAGUAUCCCAUUCUCUUCACGCCAUAUGGCGGUCCCGGUGCCCAGGAAGUUAGCAAGAGAUGGCAAUCUUUGGAUUUCAACGCCUACAUCGCAUCGGAUCCAGAGCUCGAGUACGUGACCUGGACGGUCGACAACCGAGGGACCGGUUACCAAGGACGCGAGUUCCGCUCUUUGGUAGCUAGGCAGCUUGGAAACCUUGAAGCAGAGGAUCAAGUCUACGCUGCGACGCAAGCGGCCGAGCUUGACUGGAUCGACUCCGACCACAUCGCUAUCUGGGGCUGGAGCUACGGCGGCUACCUCACGGGCAAGGUUCUCGAGACCGAUAGCGGUGUCUUUACUCUUGGUCUACUAACCGCGCCUGUCUCGGACUGGCGGCUAUACGACUCGAUGUACACCGAACGCUACAUGAAGACCCUCGCGACGAACGCAGAUGGAUACAAUACGACUGCGAUCCGCCAAACUGAUGGGUUCAAGAACGUCGCAGGCGGAUUCCUGAUUCAGCACGGCACAGGCGAUGACAACGUUCACUUCCAGAACUCGGCGGCCCUGGUCGAUACGCUGAUCGGAGACGGGGUAACGCCGGAGAAGAUGCAGGUGCAGUGGUUUACGGACUCGGACCAUAGCAUCGUCUAUAACGGCGGGAAUGCGUUCCUGUACCGACAGCUGGCGCAGAGGCUGUACAAGGAGAAGAACAGGUCGGAGAAGGAGCAGCAUCAAUGGAGCAAGAGGAGGCAUGCUUGGAUGGGUUAG